UGCUUACUCGAACUCUGAUAUACAUAUCCUGUGCUACGCUUCCCUCAAGUUUCCGUGUAGCGCUGCGACAUGGAUCCGAAUCAGCAGCAGCAACAACAACAGCAUCAAUUCACCAUUCCUCCCGGUUUCAACCUCCGGGCUCCCAACAAUCUAGGUCGCGUCCCCCCACAGCAGCAGCAACAGCAAUCAUCACAUCUCCCAAUCCAACAGCUCAGCAACCCUAUCCCCUCGAUCCGCGGUGGCGUGCAGAAGCAUGGCGAGCAAGAGGUCUGGUCAAGGUUGCAGCGCAUAGUUGAAGAGCAAAACUCCAUGGGUCAGGGGGGGCCUAAUCCAGAAAUCCUCAACGCAAUGACUCAAUUCCUCUCGAACGGCGGUGUCAUGAACCAGGGUUUCCCUCAGCAGCAAGCCCAGCAGCUGCAGCAAUUCCAAAACGUCAACAACCCCCAGUUCCAGCAGCAGCUGAAUCAGCAGAUGCAGCAGCCAUUUCCUGGCAUGCCCAAUAUGCAACAGGCCAUGCAGAACAACAUGAACGUCGGUGGUGGCAUGCAGCAACCUCAGAUGCAACAGCAACCGCAGCAGAACAUUGCCCAGAUGUUCCAGCUUGGCAUGGGGCAACCGCCACCACAGGGACACCAGCAGCAACCACCGCAGCAACAGCAGAUGCAGAACCAAUUUAUGCAGGGCACGCCGAUGCAGCAGAAUGGCUUUCGGAUGCCCAUGCAACAGCAGAUGCCGCAACCUAAACAGGGCCAGCCGGCAGAUCCUCAUAUGGCGGAGUUGUUGAACGAGCAGCAACAGCAAAACGGGGGUUUGAGGCAGGACCCGGGGAAGACUCUGAACUUGACCCAAGCAGAGGCUGUCGCAUUGAAAAGCAUGAGUCAACAGCAGAAACUGGCUUUUCUGACCGCGCGAAUGGGAAAUCAAUCGCAAGCUCAAAUUGCCGCAUCCAUCUCUCAACAGCCGCACCAGCCACCACCCGGAUUGCCGCAGCAGAUGCAGCAGCAGCAAAUAAACAACCAGUUCCAGCAGUACAUGACGCCGCAGCAGCCAAACCAGGCUGUCCAACAACAACUCCUGCAACAAUCGCAGCAGUCCAUCGCCGCACCUCAACAGAUUGGAAUCCCUCAGCAAGCUCAGAUGCAGCAGGGUAACGAGGAGAGGCUCCGGCAAUUCACUCCCAACCAAGCUCUGGCGAUGGCAAUGAAUCCGAAUUCAAACAUGGAUCCUCAACUGCGGCACCGGUUACUGGCUCGGUUCAGGGAACAGGCCCAGCAGCAGCAGCACCAACGGCAGCAGCAGCAACAGGCCCAGCAGCAGCAGCACCAACGGCAGCAGCAGCAACAGGCCCAGCAGCAGCAACAACAACAACAACAACAGCAGCAGCAGCAGCACGCCCAGCCGCCUCAAAUGCAGCCAGCCCAGACUCAGCCAAUGCAGCAAGCUCAGCCGCAACAACAACAGCAAAUCCAGCAGCAGCAGCAACAGGCGAUGCUGCAGAUGCUGAAUCAAUCUGGUUCGAUUAUGCCUAUGGCAUCGGCGGCUAUGAACCCGCAGCAGGCCCAGAACGCACCCGGUCCGAUGGGUGGUCCUUCGGCGGUUCCAAAUCCUAGGACUGCACAGUUCAUAGCGAGCGUGCAAGAUGUCCCUUUACAGAAGCUGGUUGCGCAGUUGACAAAAGACCGUGCGGAGCACGAAGUGCUCAUGCAACAGCUGAAGCAAAAUGAGGCUAAUCUCGAUCCCAAUGCUGCGAAUAACCUGAAGAAUGCCAUCAAGGAGAAGCACAACCGGAUCACAAUGAUUAACAAUGCCAUCCUUCUCAAGAGGCAGCAGCAGCAACAACAACAACAGGGGCCCGGCAUGAUGCCCAAUGCUCCAGGUCCGGGUUCUGUACCUGGAAUGCCUAUGGGGAAUAAUGGAUUAAUGGCGCCAAGCACGGUUCAACCGGCAUCCCAGCCACCGAAUCAGCCUCGAUCAGGGCCGAGUCCAUCGAUGCCUCAGCAGCAACAAAUGCAGCCUAUUGCUGCUAAUAUCCCCCCUCAACCGACACCUCCAGUUACUCAACGGCAGGCGCAGCAGCAGGCAUUUAUGCUUAGUCAUCAGCACCCGUCAAAUGCUGCCCCAGGAGCCCAGAGACUACAGCCUGGUAUGCUCAACAACGGCCUGAACGGCAAUGUCGCGUUGCAGCAACAACAACAAAACAUGCAGAUACCGGUGGUUCUGCCGCCACAGCAGCAACAGCAGCCUCCUCAACAAGCCUCUCAACCGCAGACAAUGGGCAUGGCAAAUGGACAACCUCAGGGACUUUUACAACGUCCACCACAGAUCGGCCAAGCUGCACCCCCUCAAAUGAUGCCCAUGCAGCCCCAGCAGCAGUCGUCCGAUAUGCAGUUGAUGCAGAGACAGGCACCUGCCCCUGUACAACAGCAAAGUACCGGCACUGGACAAGCUGCGCAACAUAGUACCGAAUUUGAUUUGCCUGCGUACAUGCUCAACUCAAAGCCGCUGACCGAUGCGCAAGUCGAUCACAUGCGGGUUCUGAUGCCGUCCUGGAGCGAGAAGGAUAAGUUUAUACCUUUGGCUCGUCAAGUUCGGGACCGACUGGUUAAACCGUGUCCGAGACCUGAAUUCCUUACCCGCUGGAUGAGAUACGCAAACAGCAAUGCGACUAUGCUCCAGAGGACCUUCAGCUUUGCGACCUCCGAGGUACUGAAAGUCGAAGGUGUCGAUAUCAACAUUUACGAUUUGUAUGCCCUUCUGGUAACCACAAAGGCAUUCAACAGACAGAUGGAUCCUCCUCUUGAUUUCUAUGCUCGCGUGGCCGUUCGAGUUGGAAUACCCGCAAUGCCUGGCCAGGUUGAACGGUCAUCCUUGCAGGCUGCGACUUCACUCAAGACGUUCGCGGACGUGACGCUGGCGCCCAUCCACGAUCAAUUUCUACAGGAUCAUGAGCAAUCCUUCCUGUAUUCCCGAAUGCUUACCUCUUUCUUUCACAACGUCAACGGAGUUCAGCAGUGGCGUGCAGACAUCCCCCCUCCACCUCCAGGCCCGAUAGAUGCUGGCAACGCGGCAGCAAGAGCAAGGCCCCAGGCAGGAACACAAGCUCCGCUACCACAGUCGCAGCAGGACGAGCUGUGGUAUAUGGUGAUGACGAGCUCAGAGGCAAGGCUCCGGGAAAGGUUCAGUGCGGAACAUGUUCGCCGCCUCAUGGAAGAAGUACAGCGAAUGCCGCAGACCACCAAGCAGGAGAUUCGGAAGCGUAUUGAAGACAGUAGGGCCCAACAGCGAAUGUUGCAACAGCAGGGACAGUCGCAGCCAAGCCAAAUGCAAGCCGGGCCGAUGAGCGUGCAAAUGCCACAACCCACCCCUCCACAAGGCAUGCAGAAUCCUACGUUUGCCCAAGCGCAAAUGGGAGCGCACCCUCCGACGCAGUCAUCCCCUGCAAACAUAAGCCUCGCCUCCUUGCAGCAGGGGAUGAACCAAUUUCCGGUACAGCCUCCAGCUGGGGAACAGUCAGUCGGAGCGCCGCUAACGGCUAUGAGAUUGCCUAUCACCGAUCCAGCGCAGGCGCAGGCGUUUGUUAAUGCUCUCGUGGCAGAGGCCAAAACUCACAUGCCCAACCCAGUGCCCAUCCAUAUGUCGCCGGAAGUGGAACAGAAGUAUUGGCAGUUGGUCACUCUUGCUCGAGAAGUAGCUGCCCAGCUUCGACAUGAGCUCACUCGCUAUGUCACAAUAGUUCCAGAAAAUGGGUCAAGUGUCUUAUUCACUGCCGCCCCGAAACUUCUCAUGUUGAUCGAAGAACAAGUGGUUGGACGUAACAGCCAACCGCCCCGCUAUUAUCUGCAGUACCGUGAAUUGCUGGAGACCAUCAAACGCAUGUACACCUGGGACACGAUGAUUCGUCACACCUACCUCAACAUGCAGCCAAAUGAAAGCCCUGGCAGAUCUCCCUAUUGGCCUUCAUCCCAGUGGCUGAGGGAACAGGGCAUAGACCCUCAGCUUCGUAUUAUCAAUCAUCAUGACCCAGAUCCUGAAAUGGGACAGGCUGCUCAAGCGGUGCAAACUCAAGUUCCCGGCAACUUAAAUCAACAGCGGAAGGGCACAAAGCGCUCCUUGGAUGAAGGAUCAGCUCCGCCUACGAAACGUGGACGGCUAUCCGGUGCUGGUGUUAAUCCUUCGCCAUCACCGGCAAUGGUUGUUCCCACCCCUGGACCAUCCAGCACUCCUCAUAUGGAUGCCUCACAAACUCCCGUGAAUGCGCCUACCGUAUCAGACACGGCCAGAACACCCAAAUCACCUGAAGUCAACAAAGGCAAGGGUAAGACCACUAAGUCCCGUGCACCCCCCAAGCGCAAGUCAACCAAACCGGUACCGUCAACGGCAGAGGUCAUCGUCAUUGAGUCGACCCCCAAGCCGCAAGAGCGUGGAAUCAAACGACCGCGGGAUAGCGAUAUUAUUGUUUUGGACGGUGCUGGAGAGGACGAGCCUACUGGAAAACGUGCCAAGCUCGACGUUCGGGAGGAGAAACAACCUGUUGCGGACGCCGUCGUGUCUGCGCCGCCGCCAGAGCCCGCUCAACCCGCUCAACCCGCUCAACCCCCUCAGCCGGCGUACAACAUGUUCUUAUCAAUGACAAGGCCCGAGGACAUUACGAUGGAGCAGGCAUUAGCUCAGUAUAACGAACUACGUGACCAGGCCAAGCAGGGUGAAGAGGAGGCUGCCAAGUCUGUGGAGGGUGCAAUUGUUGGUGAAGCGCCUGAUCAACCUGCCGACUCGAUGUUUGCUGGUCUGGACCUGGAGAGCGAGGUGAUGGAGUGGGUCGACUGGGAUUUUGGGGACGCCGAUGAGUCGACACCGGAACUGGAGAAGGUUGCGCAAUCUAGCCCAGAGACGACAGACUCAAACAAGAAAGCUGCAGUCCCUGGAGUUGAUGGUGCGAUCCUCGCUGCUCCGGCUGUUGAUCCCCAGCCUCUCGUCGACGGUCAAAAUGUCAAGUGGGACUGGGAAAACCCGGUAAUCUCCGGGCGCUGGGCAAUAUCCGAAACGCCUAUUAUCUAUUAAUGUAAUUCUCUCCUCAGUUUUUUCUGGUUCUUCAGGUUUGAGAGACUUGGCUCCUCUCUUGUGUAGUCUUCUCGCAAUGGCUCGAUGCCAAGCCCGAUACUCGCCUCUUUAUUCUUUGCUCUUUUCGUGUCGAUGACGCAUAGUCAUUUAAUAUCCUCUGGUUUCUCUGUAUGUGCUCUUGUCUGAUUACCUUACAUGCUGUGGGUUUACAUUGUACGCCUAGUCUGUAGUCCC